GGGAAGCAACAUAAAUCAAACAUCCGAUCAUCAUUCCUGACUUAUUGCGCUCAGCCAACGCGUUAAAAGUCAUGGACAAACUUAAAGCAGUUUUGAGCGGAACGGAUGGACCCAAUGAAAACGGCAACAUCUUGCAGGCAGCGAAUGAAGCGUCUACUUUGGGUUGGGGUACACGAGUGAAGGGAUUUAUUAUCUGUUUUGUGAUUGGGGUCACCUGCUCAGUCUUGGGAGUCUGUAUGCUCUUCAUCCCCAAAGUAGGAAUCCUCCUCUUCAUCAUAUUUUAUACCUUUGGAAACAUCUGUUCACUCUGCAGCACCAUGUUCCUGAUGGGACCAGUCAAACAGCUGAAGAGGAUGUGUGACAAGACCAGAGCCCUGGCCACUACUAUCAUGUUGACAUGUCUUGUGUUGACUCUCUGUGCAGCCUUCUGGUGGGUGAACUUUGGUCUCGCUUUGUUGUUUUGCAUUUUGCAAGUCCUAGCAUUUGCCUGGUAUGGCUUGUCAUAUAUCCCUUUUAUCAGAGAUGCCAUCCUGAAGAUUAUUACUAUGUGUGUAAAGUGAAGACCCCAGGAUGGCCUGUCAUCCUGAAGGAACAACUGCCUCAGUUACAGAGGAUAUCUUUCUGGUCUGAGCUCCAUGGAUAUAUGUUUGAAACUGAAAGUUGUAUUGUCCAUACCUUUUGACAUGCUGUUUGAGAGGGGGCCAACCAACUCCUUACAGUAAAAUUGUACUACCUCUAUACACUUUUCCAUUUAAAUGUUUUUAAUGGUAUUUUUUUUUUUAAUCCUUUGUAUUUCCACUAUUAGGGAAGUAUUGUGCUUUGGGUUUAUUUAGAUGUUUUGACAAUUUCUAGUGGAAACAUGUCUUUUUUGCUGUGUAUAUCUGUGUACUACUGUGGGGGAAAUUGUUGGUGAUGAGAAGUAAGAAUGUAAUUAUUUGAUCCAAUUGUUGAGUUUUUUUUCAUAAGGUCUCUGCAUAUGCUGUAAAUAUGUGAAUGUAUUAUAAAGGUUUAU